AUGUUCCACCUCUUCUCGCACUGCUGGUCCUGGCUGCGGGCGGUGCAGGAGCCGCUCAGGAAGGUCACGCUCCUCGUUGUGGGCCUGGACAAUGCGGGUAAAACCACGCUGGUCACGGAGCUCCAGAGAGCGCUGGCCGGCGAGGCGCUGCCCGCUGCCAUUCCCGGCCAGACCCACCUCCGCGUGGACCGCUUCGAGGUGACGCUGGUGGACGUGCCCGGGGCGCAGCGGGCGCGYGGCGCCUGGCGCGGCCACUACGGCGCUGCCCACGGGCUGCUCUUCGUGCUCGACGCCAGCGCCCGUGCGCGCAUGGAGGAGGCCAGGAAGGCCUUGGCCCGCRUCCUCAGCCACCCCAAGGUGUCCGGGAAGCCGCUCUUGCUCCUGGCCAACAAGCAGGACGAGGCGGAYGCGCUGCUGCCCUGCGAGCUCAUCGAGUGCCUCUCCCUGGAGCAGCUGGCGAACGCCAACAGGUCCCCGUGCCGCGUGGAGGAGGGYGGCAAGGGCGCCGCGGGGAGGAAGAGGAAGGUGAAGGUGAGGAAGAAGGGCUCCGGGCUGGCCAGGGGCUCUGCGGAGGAGACGGAGGGCCCUGGAGCAGGGGCUGGARCCGGGCUGCUGCCCACCAACAGAGUCGGGCAGGAGGAGCCGGUGCCYGCGGGCACGGCUGCCCCCCAGGCAGACCUGUACCGCCGGGCCAUGCUGGCUCUGAAGAUGAGGCAGGAGCAGAGGAAGCAGCCGGCURCCAUCGCCCCCUGA